UGCCCAUCAGUGCCACGUGCCAGUGCCCAUCAGUGCCACCUAUCAGUGCCCAUCUGAGCUGUCUUUCAAUGUCACCCAUCAGUGCCAGUUAGUGCCACCUAUCAAUGCCAAUCAGUGCCACCUAUCAGUGCUGCCAAUCAGUGCCACCCAGUGUCACCUAUCAGUGCCAGUCAGUGCCACCUAUCAGUGCCAGUCAGUGCUGCCUAACAGUGCCAGUCAGUGCCGCCUAUAAGUGCCAGUCAGUGCUGCCUAUCAGUGCCAUAUACCAGAGUCAUGUAUCAGUGUCAUGUAUCAGUGCUGCCUUUCAGUGCCCAUCAGUGAUGCCUGUCAAUGCCCAUCAGUGCAACCUACCAGUGCCUCCUCAUCAGUGCCCAUCAGUGCCACCUAUCAGUGUCCAUCAGUGCAGCCUAUCA